UGAACUAACCCCCCUCCUCCAGUCCUCCUCCUCGUAAGGCUACUUGGCCAGAUGGUGCAGCCUUUUCUUUUGUUUACCCAUCCGCCAUGAGAUGACCCAACUGUCCCUAGCUACUCAACUAUGGAUGCUACCUGGGAGCCGUCAUUCGACAAGUAAAUACGCUUGACAUCAGGAUGGGUGGCUCUACUUUAGGAAGGCUUUGCCAAACCUGAGUCCAAACUUUCAUCCCCCUGCUGUAUUUGCCACUCGAUGGCUGAACUUUCUGACUAGAAGGCUGGCUGCUCCAGCUUGGCAAUGACUGAAAUGUUCUAAGCAAGUAGAUGAGAGAAAAUCCUCUGGCACAAUGUUCAAGCAAGUGGAUACGUCAUCUAGAAGACGUCCUCACGGUGGCAAUGAGGCCAACCGGCCCCAGUCUCCUCCACCCUCCUCUGUCCAACAGAGACGAAUCCGGGCUGUUGAAGUGGCGAGAGGGAGGACUGGAUACGGUUUUACGCUCUCAGGACAAAACCCUUGUGUCCUCAGCUGCAUCCUGAAAGGCAGCCCCGCUGAUUAUGUGGGUUUGCGUUCAGGAGAUCACAUACUCUCAGUCAACGACAUCAACGUCUCCAAGGCAUCCCAUGAAGAUGUGGUCAAACUGAUCGGACGCUGCGCCGGUAUCUUAAAGCUGGUCAUUGGUGAAGUGGAGCGUCACAAGCGUCACCAUCACCAGCAACGCGGCGCUGGCGGUCGUCACCACAGCAGCAAUGCUAUGCCCGCGCCUUAUCUGGACUCAUGCUCCAGUGACGAUGAGUUGGACGACCUGUGCGACAACAUUGUCAACAGCAACAAUAACAGCAGGAAUGCCGGUGGAGCGCGCGGGGGCUGGUUGAGACCCAAAAUGGAUUCGAAGCAGCUCGGAAUCAACCGUGCCGAGCGGGUUGUGGCUGAGUUGCAGUCCGGAGGAAUUUUUAACAUGAUCUUUGAGAAUUCCAGCCACUCGUCCAGCAGUUCGGACAAGGACAGACCCGGGCAUACCUCAUCCGCCAAAGCACGUCCUAUGUCUGACCCAGAGUUUCCUCCCUGUCGAAAUUCCUCCCGCUCCCACAGCAACCCUGUCCUGCUGUCUGAGGAGGAAAUGGCCCAAGUCCUAAACGACGACUCGGUUUUCCUGGACUCUGGUUUCCGACAUCUCCACCUCCACCACCAUGAGGAACAACACAUGGAUGUUGCCGAUGGGCGGGACUUGGUCCUAGAUCCAAAUCAGGACAUUGUCAACGUGGGCAUGAUUGUGGGCUACCUGGGCUCAAUUGAGCUGGCCUCCACAGGCACCAGCCUGGAGAGUGACAGUCUGCAAGCCAUCAGAGGAUGCAUGAGGCGCCUCAGGGCAGAGCAAAAGAUCCAUUCCCUUGUCCUUAUGAAGGUCAUGCAUGACAGUGUGCGCUUAUGCAGCGACAAAGGCCAGAUCCUCGCCACAUAUCCUGCAGAAAAACUUGCAUUCAGUGCCUGUUGUCCGGAUGACCGGCGGUUCUUUGGACUUGUCACGAUGCAGGCCACAGACGACGUGUGUCACCUCAGCAGAGGACGAUAUGAAGAGGAAGGUUUGAGGACUUCCUGCCACGUGUUCAUUGUGGAUCCUGACCUGUGUUACCACCAGGUGCAUUUGGGAGUGGCCAGGAGGUUUGGCUUUGAAUGUACCCCUGACUCCGACACUGGAGGCUGCCUGGAGUUUCCUCCCACUUCUCAGUCUCUCCUCCACUUUGUGUCCGUACUUUACCGGGACAUGGGGGACAACAUUGAGGGCGUCCGAGCCAGAGCCUUUCUCGAUCCAGAUAACGAUGCUCAGCAGAACCACAGCACCAGCAGUAAUAGUGAUAGCGGGAUUGGUAACUUUUUGCCUGAGGAGAAGAGCAACAGAGUGCUCUUGGUUGACCUGGGAGGACCUCUUAACCACAAUCACGUCUCUGGGCCGCGCCACUGGGACAGCCCGCCUUCCUCCCAGCAGGCUUGGAGCCCCACCCUAGGAGCCGCCGCCCCUCAGCCACCUCCACCCCCGCCCGCUAUAAGGAAUAGCCACUACCGCCAUGAACCCUACCUGGCCGACCUCCCUCAACCCCUCCCGCUGACACACGCCGACGUAGCAGCUCGGCACGCUCGAGGGGUCCACCCACACCACUACUCGCAGGGGAAGUGGGGAGGAGCUGUCGGAGGCGGGGACAAAAGAGGGACCGGAGGAGGGGUGGAGCCUCAGCGUUGGCUCCCAGUCCACGUGCUGAGAGACUGGCACCAGCAGCACCACCACCUCCACGGCUUGAGCAGCGAUCAAGAGUCGUACGCCGAAUCCACUGACGGGUGGUCAUCAGCUAAUUGCAGCACCCUGCCUCCACCCAUGAACAAGAUCCCUGCUGAUCGUUACCGGGCCCCGCUGGUCCCUGCAGAUCCCUUGCCACCACCAGGAGGAAGCCAGCCUCCUCCUGCUAUACAUCCCCAGACCCACACCCAACGGCUGAAAGAUGAGUGGGCCAAGAAGCUGUUUGGUGCUGGCGACAGAGAGAGGAGCGAAACCGUCAAGAAGCGCGGAGGUGCCAAAGACGCAGAGAAAAAGAGUGGUCGGUUCCGAGGUCUGACAAUGGGUUUCCCUCCUCUGUCCCAUCGCUCCUCAGCCAGACGCUCCUUCGGACGUUCCAAACGUCUCAGUUUGGCCCGCUCCCUGGAUGACCUGGAGUCUACCGCAGUCUCCGACGGAGAACUGAACAGCGUGGAGCUGCAGGGCUGCAGCAGCGACAACAGUUUGAACAGUAAUGCCAGCCUCCCCAGUGUGCAGAGUCACCGGCGCCACACUGAGAGGAGAGUGGCCAGCUGGGCCGUGUGCUUCGAGAGGUUGCUGCAAGACCCCGUGGGAGUACGCUACUUCUCGGAAUUCCUGAAGAAAGAGUUCAGUGAGGAGAAUAUUUUGUUCUGGCAGGCGUGCGAGUUCUUCAGCCACGUCUCUGAAAAUGACAACAAGCAGUUGUCUCAGCGAGCCCGAGAAAUCUACAACAGUUUCUUGUCCAGCAAAGCCACCACGCCGGUCAACAUAGACAGUCAAGCGCAACUCGCUGACGACAUCCUCAAUGCCCCCCGACCUGACAUGUUCAAGGAGCAACAGUUACAGAUUUUCAACCUGAUGAAGUUUGAUAGCUAUACACGUUUCCUCAAGUCUCUGCUCUACCAAGCGUGUAUGUUAGCUGAGGUGGAGGGCCGACCCCUGCCUGACCCUUACCACAUCCCCAGCAGCCCCAACUCCAAACAUAGCACCACUGGCUCGGACCGCUCCAACCUGUCCACGCCCAAGAAGGAGGACAAAAGGAGCAAGUCAGGGCGCUCUUUGAACGAUGACAGCCGGGAUGAUUCAGGAGAUCGGAGGAAGGGCAUGUUCUUCUCCUGGUCCCGCAAUAGAAGCUUUGGCAAAGGACCAAAAAAAAGAGAACUGACCGAUUUUAAUUACAAUUUCUCUGGUAGCAAUGGUCGGCGUGAGUCCCAGGGUUCUCUGUCCUCAGGCGCCAGUCUGGAGCUUGGAACAUCUGCUUCUGGGAAGAAUGAGGGAGAUGUGUCCCGCGCAUCAGACCGCGGAGGAGGCAGCGCCCCAAUGAGGCAGUGUAACAUCAACUUGCCAGAUGGCUCUUGUUGCUCUGUGCCGCUGAGGGCUGGUUUGUCCAUCAGAGAUUUGUUGCUGGGGCUGUGCGAAAAGCUCUGCAUCAACCUGGCAGCUAUCGACCUCUUCCUGGUCGGAGGGGAGAAGCCACUUGUUUUGGAUCAAGACUGCAUGACGUUGUGUUCUAGAGACCUGAGACUUGAAAAGCGCACUCUCUUUAGGCUAGAUUUGGUCCCGAUUAACCGCUCAGUUGGCCUAAAAGCAAAGCCCACCAAGCCAGUGACGGAGGUUCUCAGGCCGGUGGUGGCCAAAUAUGGUCUGCACCUCUCAGAUUUGGUGGCCCGCAUUAGUGGUGAAUCUGAGCCCUUAGAUCUCGGGCUUCCGAUAUCCAAUCUGGAUGGACUGAGAGUGGUAUUGGAUUCAGCAGAUCACAUGCCAGGAAAAGCAACUUCGAACAGCCACAUUGGGGCUUCCGCAAGCAGAAACCAAUCAACACCAGGGGAGGACAGGCAGUCAAGGAAAGCCGCUUCCACCCACCCCCAUGGGGAAAACGGCAAGGCCGGGCCCAGCCUUGACACAAGGAGCCAGGCCUUACCCAACCACUCUGUCUCUCUUCAUAAGGCUCCGGAGAAAAGAAAGCAGAAAAAGAUUAAUAUAGACGAAGCCGAAGAGUUCUUCAACCUCAUUUCCAAAGCUCAGAGCAACAGAGCUGACGACCAACGAGGCCUGCUGAACAAAAGUGACCUGCAGCUCCCAGACUUCCUUCGCCUGUCACCGUCUGCGACCGACCGAGCUGCGCCGCCGCCCUUUGACCCAGAGCUCUGUUGCUCCACCCCUCAUUCCCGCAACCCUGCCACUGGCAACGCUCACCCGGGAAACAAGGCCAGCCACAACGACAGGGCAAGCGGCGGCCAUUUUCUCAACGCUCAUCAUCAGUGUCAAAGUUUGGACUCUGCGUUGGGCUCUGACAUUGGAGGGUGGGGGAACGCCAGACCCACUUCUUUGCCGUUUCCUGCCACAAUCUCUCCCAUCCACCCGUCCCAGGAGGUCCAGCAUGGUGCACUCAAGGACACUGGCAGGGGGUCGUCAGUCCAGAUGCUAGAAGAGGACGCCUUGUCGGAACUGACUCUCGUGGGCGAGGCAGACAUCAGUAGUGCCAGCCUCAACUACGUUACCCCCUCCAGCCUGCAGUCUGAACCCCACCCCCAACAGCAAGCACAGGACAUUCGGCCUUGCUCAGGUACUUCCCCCGUUUGACCUUUCACCUCUCCCUUCAGCUGACUGCGAGUGGCAGUGGCCUCUUUCAAGUCAGUUUGACACUUUCAGUUGAGACCGAAUGCAUCCGCAUCUCCUCCCUUCCUUUAGUCAGCUCAGUCCUAACUUGCAGGACUAUUAAAAAAAAAAAACACUCCCUGUGGUACAGAAGCAUUCCGUUUCGGUGUAGCUGUUCAACAGCUCACACCACAAAUGUGCUUUGUUGUAUUCUAAUUCUAAUGUAUGCACUGUGACCUGCCGCCCAAGUUGGCCGGACACAGAAAGGAAGCUUAAGCGAGGAUGAAUAGAUGCAUUAUGACGAAAGGUCGCAAGUUGUCCUUGGAAUUUUCCGACGUGGUGUGUAUCUGUGUGAACCUUUGAGCUGGCUUGCUGUGGAUUUUCAUUUUUUUUCUUUCCCUGAGAUGUAAUCAUGAGGGGGAGUGCAGGGAAGACCUUUGCCAAACUCUCAUCCAACUCCCCUCACCAAAAGAACAUAACGAUGCACUUUAGCCCAUUGCGAACAAGACUCUACACAUUUGUACACGUGUUGAAAUCACGUUGACAGUACAAGUAUAUUCACGCUAAAAGAAUGGAAGUUGUAAGUUAUAUGGGGUGAGGUAGUGCAGAGUGGGCACUGACCAGACAAAUGCAGAUUCCCUGCUCGAGUAGCAUGAACCAACACAUUUGCUCAGCUGUUCUUUGUUCCAACUUGAGUACAGUACAUUCUGUGUUUUCACCUCUCUCACCUCAGGCACUCCUAAUGCCAUUCAUGCAAACACAGGCCACAGUCAUUGUGCAUGCCGGCAGUGGUUGCAGACCAAAAAGAGAGAAAGUUUUGCACCGAUCUUGCAGUCUCCUGUCUUCUUUGCACAACAUCACAAAGCCUGUCUUGUUAUUCCCGAAAAGGUUUUCAGAGAGUAGCUUCCUGCAGUGACUCUGAUAAAAUAACUACAGCGGAGGUCGCUCCGGAAGUAUUUGCAACGGGACAGAGUUUCUGUCAUUUUGCCUUUAUUCGUCAACCACAAUUGUUUCAGAAUACAAAGUACAACAAUCAACAUGAUUACGGUGUGGACUUUGAGCUUUCCUUCAAGAGGUUUCCCCAAAUGACCUGUGAUUUUGAGGUUUUAUUGACCGUGCCUCCAUUUUCAUCGGUCCAUCCAUUUUCACAGAGACAACCUGCAUCAGCCAAGGGAAUGACCAAACCAUCUUUGUCACCUGCAAUUCAAUCAGGUGCUCAAAAGGUAUUUGGACAUAGUGGAAUCAAUGUAACCAUCACCAUCAUUUUGGAAAGGAUUUUAAUCAUUGAAGGCAAAAGUCACAAAAACUCCCAAUUCAAAUGCUUCUCGACUCACGACAGGAUUGUGGCUAAAUGGUUCCCUUUCCACCUUUUCUGUUAUUUGUUGUAUUCCUGAGGAAAUAUUAAUUUAUCUUACAACCUUCUAUUUUUCACCAUGUCGGGAAAACGAAAAGUGUUAAUUUGUAGAUAGCCAAACUAGUGAAAUCGCCACAUGUUGCUGUUGUUCAACAGCGUUUCAGCUAUCUGUUUCUUCACCUAAUAAUUCGCAGAAACCAUCUUUAACUGCUCUCUUGUAAUGUGUCUGUAAAUAGAUACAAUAAAUGUUCAGAGCUUGAA